AUGGAUGGAAUCCAAAUCAACGGGAAAGCGGAGGCUACUAACAAGACACUAGCAAACACAUUGAAGAAACAGUUGGAUAGUCAUCAUAAAGGAUGGUGUGAAAAAAUCCUAAAUGUGAUAUUUUCCUAUAGAACCACCUGGAGAGAUGCAACCGGAACGUCACCCUUUUGUUUGACGUAUGGAACUGAGGCGGUGUUGCCCCCCGAAGUAAUCCUUCCAACCACGAGGAAGGAAGCAUGGGAUAAAGGGAUAAAUUCAUAUUUGAUCUUAGCAAAGUUGGACGAUCUCGAAGUAAACAGGGAAAUCGCGUUACAACAUAUGAUGAAUUACCAUCAGAGGAUGUCAAGGGAAUACAACAAAAGGGUAAAACCCCGAAGCUUUGUACCAGGAGAGCUUGUGCUACGAGAAAUACCCCCAUACCAAAAAGGAUCAGGAGGAAAGUCAGAGCCUAUGUGGGAAGGACCCUAUAUCGUGAAAAGGGUAGUUGGCAAUGGGGCGUACGAGUUAGCAGAUUGUGAAGGGAAGGACACAAACGAAGAAGGAAAUAUAAUAUAUGGCGAGAUCGAAAAUUAG